AUGGGUGCCAACGCGAUGAUGCUCCAGCUUCUGCUGGCAUUGACUGCCUCAACAGCAUCAUGCUCAAACCUCCCAAAGAAGUCCUUGGCUUCCAGAUCGCCACACCCGCGAUCAACAUCCAACACAACAUUACCAUACCAAGAUCCCUCGUUAUGCAUCGACGACAGAAUCGAGGACCUUCUAGCUCGCAUGACCGUUGAGGAGAAAGCUGGUCAACUCUUCCACACCCAACUGGCACAAGGUCCCAAUGGAACGCUCUCACUCACAACAUCGAGAUCCAACGGCACCGACAACUACGUCCUCGAGAAGCAUAUGACGCACUUCAACCUCGUAGGCCAGGUCACCAAUGUUCGACAAACAGCACAAUGGUAUAACCGUCUUCAGGAAUAUGCUCUAAACACACGCCUUGGCAUCCCAGUCACACUAUCCUCAGAUCCCAGACAUUCCUCAACAGAAGCCGUCGGUAGUGCAAUCGCCGCCAACCAAUUUUCAGCAUGGCCCCAGAGCUUAGGUCUCGCGGCAUUGCGAAGCGCAGAGAUCGUCCAGAAGUUUGCAGAAAUCGCUGCAGCAGAGUACAAAGCAAUCGGCAUCCGCUCAGCCCUCCAUCCUCAAAUCGACCUCACAACAGAAUACCGCUGGGCUCGUAUCGGUGGCACCAUGGGCGAAGACGCCGACCUCACCAGCGAGCUUGUUGUCGCCUACCUCAAAGGCUUCCAGGGCGAGUCCUUUGGUACGCACUCCGUCACCACAGUCACCAAGCACUUCCCCGGCGGCGGACCCAUGGAGAACGGCGAGGACAGCCACUUCACCUACGGCAAGAACCAAACCUACCCAGGAAACAACUUCGACCACCACCUCAUCCCUUUCAGAGCUGCUAUCGCUGCCGGCGCGCGGCAGAUGAUGCCGUACUACUCCCGUCCCAUCGGCGCCGAGCACAAUGGCAUGGAGAUCGAGCCGGCGGGCUUCUCGUUCAAUAAGUAUAUCAUCACAGACCUGCUUCGCGGCGAGCUUGGCUUUAACGGGAUCGUUUGCUCGGACUGGGGCCUUAUUACGGAUACUGUGAUCGCAGGUCAAGACAUGCCAGCUCGUGCCUGGGGCGUCGAGUAUCUCAGCGAAACGGAGCGCGCAGCACGAGUCCUGAACGCGGGCGUGGACCAAUUUGGCGGCGAAGCAAGACCUGAACUGAUCGUCCAACUCGUCAACGAAGGUACCAUCUCAGAAGCACGUCUCAACACUUCGAUCCGUCGUCUCUUGCGGGAGAAAUUCGCCCUCGGCCUCUUUGAGAAUCCAUUCGUAGAUGUCGACGAAGCGGCGCAGAUCGUGGGAAAUCCAUACUUCCGUCAACUCGGAGCUGAGGCGCAGCGGGCAUCUUUCACGCUUUUGACGAAUAAUGGUACUAUCCUGCCCCUGAAGGUGAACAGCGACAAUUCCACGAAAGUCUACGUCGAAGGCUUCAACUCUACCUUUCUCAGCUCCCGGCCUGUGACCGUAGUCGACACCCCGGAGGAGGCAGACAUAGCUCUCAUCCGUCUGCAAGCACCAUACGAGCCACGCCCGGGCGGCUUCGAGGCCAACUACCAUGCUGGAUCACUAGAGUUCAAUGCCACUGAACGAGCGCGCCAAGCAGCAAUCUUCGAGGCUGUCCCUACUAUUGUGGACAUUUACCUUGAUAGACCUGCUGCUAUCCCCGAGGUCGCAGAGGGCGCAGCGGCGCUGUUGGCGAGUUAUGGAAGUAGUUCGGAGACGUUCUUGGAUAUUGUGUUGGGAGUCGAUGGUGCGGCGCCGAAGGGCAAGUUGCCUUUCGAUUUGCCAAGAAGCGAUGAGGCGGUUGAGGCGAGUGAUGAGGAUGUGCCGUUCGAUACGACGGAUCCCGUCUUCAAGUUUGGACAUGGGUUGGAGUAUGAGAAGCAUGCGUGUUGA